GGAGGAGGAGGCUGCGGCGGCGAAGAUGGCGGCGGCUGCGGCGACCACCACCACCACCACCACCGCGGCGCUCUCUCUGGGCACCGAGACCAUCAAGGUGGAAAAUGGACAGAGCACGUCAGCCAAGCUUGGGCUCCCUCCUCUUACCCCGGAGCAGCAGGAGGCCCUUCAGAAGGCCAAAAAAUACGCAAUGGAGCAGAGCAUCAAAAGCGUCCUGGUUAAGCAGACGAUUGCCCACCAGCAGCAGCAGCUCACCAACCUCCAGAUGGCAGCGCAGCGGCAGCGGGCCCUGGCCAUCAUGUGCCGCGUCUACGUGGGCUCCAUUUACUAUGAGCUGGGAGAGGACACCAUUCGGCAGGCCUUCGCCCCCUUUGGGCCCAUCAAGAGCAUCGACAUGUCCUGGGACUCCGUGACCAUGAAGCACAAGGGCUUUGCCUUUGUGGAAUAUGAGGUCCCGGAAGCUGCUCAGCUGGCCCUGGAGCAGAUGAACUCCGUGAUGCUUGGAGGGCGGAACAUCAAGGUGGGGAGGCCCAGCAACAUUGGCCAAGCGCAGCCCAUCAUCGAUCAGCUGGCAGAGGAGGCUCGAGCUUUCAACCGCAUUUACGUGGCAUCGGUGCACCAGGACCUUUCCGACGACGACAUCAAGAGUGUCUUUGAGGCCUUUGGGAAGAUCAAGUCCUGCACGCUGGCCCGGGAUCCCACCACGGGGAAGCACAAGGGCUACGGCUUCAUCGAGUACGAGAAGGCCCAGUCCUCCCAGGACGCCGUCUCUUCCAUGAACCUCUUUGACUUGGGGGGCCAGUACCUCCGCGUGGGCAAAGCAGUCACCCCGCCCAUGCCCCUGCUGACUCCAGCCACCCCGGGAGGCCUGCCCCCUGCAGCAGCUGUAGCCGCGGCUGCCGCCACGGCGAAAAUCACCGCUCAGGAAGCCGUGGCAGGCGUGGCGGGUGCUGCCGUCCUUAGCACAUUGGCCACUCCCGGACUGGUGACCCCAGCCCUGACCCUCGCGCAGCCCCUGGGGGCCUUACCGCAGGCUGUGAUGGCAGCUCAAGCUCCUGGCGUCAUCACGGGGGUCACUCCGGCUCGCCCACCUAUUCCCGUCACUAUUCCCCAGGUGGGUGUGGUGAACCCCAUCUUGGCCAGUCCCCCAACAUUAGGCCUGCUAGAAGCCAAGAAGGAGAAGGAGGAGGAGGAGGUUUUCCAAGAAUCUGAAAGGCCAGAGAUGCUGAGUGAACAGGAGCACAUGAGCAUCUCUGGCAGCAGCGCCCGCCACAUGGUGAUGCAGAAGCUUCUCCGGAAACAAGAGUCAACAGUGAUGGUUUUGCGGAACAUGGUGGAUCCCAAGGACAUUGAUGAUGAUUUGGAAGGAGAAGUAACAGAAGAGUGUGGCAAAUUUGGGGCUGUCAACAGAGUCAUCAUCUAUCAAGAGAAGCAGGGCGAGGAAGAAGACGCGGAGAUCAUUGUCAAGAUCUUUGUGGAAUUCUCCAUGGCCUCAGAGACUCACAAAGCCAUCCAGGCUCUGAAUGGGCGCUGGUUUGCGGGCAGGAAGGUUGUGGCCGAAGUGUAUGACCAGGAGAGAUUUGAUAAUAGUGACCUCUCCGCAUGAACUCUUUCACAAAGACUUCUCUUUCAUUUCCCCCAUGUUUUCUGGAAUAUUUUUGGACCAGCAUUAUCCUGUGUUGUACAUGUAGUUGUUGGUAAAUAUGCCAGGAAGAAAAAAACCCUUCCGUUGUC